AUGGGGUUGUUAUCACAAAUUACGACUGCUUUGAAAAUUUCUCGAAAAAGCGUGAAUAUUUUGGUGGUUGGACUUGAUAAUAGUGGCAAAUCAACCAUUAUCAAUCAUAUGAAGCCUUCAGAUGCACGAAAUAAUCAGAUUACAUCAACAAUUGGCUAUGUCAAUGAACAAUUCUUUUUCAACAAUACAAAGUUUUUAGUACUUGAUAUGUCAGGACAAGGAAAAUACAGGAAUUUAUGGGAAUCUCAUUACAAAGAAAUAGACGGUGUGAUAUUUGUGAUUGAUAGCACUGAUCAGUUACGUAUCGCGGUUGCUCGAGAUGAACUUUGGUUAUUAUUAAACCACAGUGAUUUCAUGUUGCGCAAGGUGCCAAUCCUUGUGUUUGCUAAUAAGAUGGAAGUGAACGGGUCACUGACAACUUCGGAAAUUAGCCUCUUCUUGGGAUUAAAUUUGAUAAGCGAUCACAAUUGGGAGAUUUAUGCAUGUUGCGCCAUUACUGGUCAAGGUUUAAAUUAUGGCUUCCAGUGGCUGCUAGAGAGUAUUCAAGCAUGUUUUGAAGCAAAUUAA